GUGGCGCCACUAGCGAGCGGUUAAUCUUGUUUAUUGGGAAACUCGGCCACGGCUCCAAGUUAGUGAUAUGAAGAUGAGCGAAAACGAUUUGGAAGAGGAAAAUAGCAACGAUUACGAAGAAGAAAGAGAAAACGAAGAUCGAGAUUCGGACGAAGAUACUGAAGAUGCCAGCGAAACAGAUAUGGUUAAACAAGAGGAGGAGUUUACGGAAAUUAAAGAACAAAUGUACCAAGACAAGUUAGCGAAUCUGAAGAAGCAGCUCCAACAGUUGCAGGAAGGCAACCAUCCAGAGUAUUUACGUCGACUGAAGAAACUGGAACAGACAUAUCAGGAUCGUGUCAUACUAAAUGACGUCUUUCAGAUAUACGAGAUCGAGAGAGUAGAGAGAGAGUACAUAAAUGAAAAGAAAGCUUCUGUGCGAGAAUUUGAAGAGAAGAAGAUAGAGUUGAGAGAGAAUCUCAUAAUGGAAUUAGAGGAAAAGAGACGGAUGAUUGAAGCCGAGAGAAACACUAUCGAACUCACUGGAGAUUCGAUGGAUGUGAAACCCGUGACAACGCGUAAACUGAGAAGACGGCCCAAUGAUCCGAUACCGAUGCCAGAGAAGAGACGGAAAACUUCACCAGCUCAGCUUAAUUAUUUAUUAGACGAGAGUGAAAUUUUAGAAGAUCUGAAGAUCUUAAACAAAGGAAAGUUACCAACUGGUUUAAGGAAACAAGACUAUUUAGACCAAAUUCCGAGUGAAAAUGGCUCAGCGAACAUAGAAGCACGGAUAGAAGACGGAAAACUCUACUAUGAUAAAAAAUGGUAUGGAUUAAGAAGACAAACGACAGCUGCAAGGUCCGCAUAUACAUCUCCCAGUUACAGAAAGGGAAGUUUUCUAUAAGGAGAAGAUCCUCCUGAUGUGACUUUUUUAAUCGCGGACGACGCUUUCAAAAAACCGUCGAACAUCUUCGUCUUAGGAACAUCGUGCCGAGGAGAUCCUCCCCGGUCUCGUCGACUCCGAUACUGUAAAUAUAUCAUAUGUUUUAGUUUAUCGAUCCUCCGUUUGCAAACGGAAAUUUUUUACCCAACGGAUUUAUUUUCCAGAAUUUGUUUAGACGAGGAAAAACUAUUUUUAGUUUUAAUGGAAAUUUAAAUCUCGUUUCUCGAUUUUACAGAUUCUACAUCAAAUUAUUUUUUCAGCAAAAUUAAUAAUAUAACACUUUAUAUGAUCUACCAGUUUCCGGGGAAACUCGUAGAUUUAAUAUAAAAAAAUGUAAAAAUGAAGCUUUAUUAAAGCCAUGUUUGAUUUAAAUUUUUUG